UUACAAGUAACAAGAAGGAUUCUCUCCUUGACAAGAGACGAGACGGCUGGAGGCCUAUGGACGUCCACGUCAGAAGGUAAUGAUCAUCGCGGGGCUUGGAGUCACGUGAUGUGCCAUCCCGCCAAGGCUGGCCAAGACAUCCCGCCAAGAUGGGAUGGAUGGGAUGGCAAGACUGGAAGCAAUGAGGAUAUAAGGAUGGAUGG